CCCGCUCCUGCCUCCCGGGCAAUGCUCUGGGGGAGGCCUUGGGGAAGAUGCCACCCUGGGCGCUGUGCCCUCUUCCUCGGCCUGGCCCUCGUGCUUGACGCUGUGGGCCUGGUCCUUUUGCUACUGGGCGUCUUCGCCUCCCUCGACUUCUGGGACUUCUUGGUCUACACGGGGUCCCUGAUCCUGGCUUUCAGCCUGCUCUUCUGGAUCAUCUGGUACUCCCUCAACAUCGAGGUGCCUCUGGAGAAACUGGGCUUGUAGCUUGGAGGCAGGCAGAGGAGGACUCAGGCUUCCCGGCAGGCGGAGGGGCAGGGGCCUGCUGCGGCUCCCACCCCAGGUGCCCCGCCAGGGACCAGCCCACGUCCCAUCUGGUGGAGAAGCAGCAAAGCAAGCUGAUACCGUGUUUCUGCAACACAUCCUGUAACAGAACCCGGCAGGAGCCAGAGGCUGUGAGGUGGAAGCUUUCAAAGCACCUGCUAGGAUGCCCAGGAAUGGCCACACGUGCCCGGCUUCCGGCGGGUUCCAAGCUCCAUCAAGAGACUAGCACCCCUGCCCCGGGCCACUGACACCUCUGCCGGCACCCCAGCCGUUUGUGAGGGUCUGGGGAGCCCCUAAUGUUCGCACAGUGGGGCUUUUAUGGCAAUAACCCUGCUGCUGUGGGCUUGCGCACCCAACGAGAAGUCCGUCCGAAGUCCGAAUGGGGCCUCUUGCGAGCAAGUAUCGCGCGACGUUGCUGCUGCUUCCGCUCUCCGGCUCUUUGGACGGACUGUGCGGGCCCCUGGGGGGCC